AUGGACAAGCGGGAGGAGACGUCCUGGGGAGCUGUGGAGAGGCUGCUCCGGCCGGCCCGGCAGCGGGAGCUGUCGUCCCGCGAGCACAGGGUCUCUAGUGCUGGCGUGAAGCGGUGCCGGCGUGCCUGGGCACGGAACGCCCACCUGGCCUGGGGUUUGCUGCUGCUCCUCCGAAAUCAGCUCUCCUGUCUGAACCUCGUGCUUCGAGCCCCUCUCACACCAACUGCAAAGUCUCAGAUCCACGUACUGGGGAUAGACUUCAAGAUCAAAACCGUUGAGUUGCAAGGCAAGAAGAUCAAGCUGCAGAUCUGGGACACAGCAGGGCAGGAACGAUUUCACACCAUCACCACCUCCUAUUACCGAGGUGCCAUGGGGAUCAUGCUAGUAUACGACAUCACCAACGCCAAGAGCUUUGAAAACAUCAGCAAGUGGCUCAGGAACAUAGACGAGCACGCCAACGAAGACGUGGAGAGGAUGCUGUUAGGAAACAAGUGCGACAUGGAGGAUAAAAGAGUCGUCUCCAAAGCAAAAGGCGAACAGAUUGCUAGGGAGCACGGUAUUAGGUUUUUCGAAACUAGUGCGAAAGCAAAUAUAAACAUUGAGAAGGCAUUCCUCACGUUAGCAGAAGACAUUCUUCGAAAGACCCCUGUAAAAGAGCCCAACAGUGAAAAUGUAGAUAUCAGCAGUGGCAUGGGGGGGGCGGGCUGGAAGAGCAAGUGUUGCUGAACCUUCUCCUCUGUCACCAAUCGCCAGCCACCGCCCCUUUUUUCUCGCUGCGAAACAAACCGCUCUGUCCGUUUUUAACCCGAAACCGAUGUUUUGUUCCUCACCUUAACAAGUCUCCCGUUGUUCUUCCGUUUAGGACAGCUUGCGUACUCUAAUUUUUCUCGACGACACGUAUAGGAAAAUCAUCUCCGUGACUUCAUUUUUUUUUCAUGUACCUGCUCAACUUACCACUACGUCUUGGUUGUAUUAUAGUCCUGUUCCUCCUGACAUUAAAACCCAUAGCAAUCCCAUUCAACUCUACUCUGCAAAUUGUAUAAGAAUAAAAGUUAGAAUUAACAAUUUAUUUUGUACAACAGUGGAAUUUUCUGUCAUGGAUAAUGUGCUUGAGUCACCGCAUUCUCUAGAAGCAUCGGCAAAAGAGCCAGGAGAACACUCAUUUCCGCCUUCAGUCUGUGAACGGGGUUUGAUUUUGUCCUGUGCCUUAUGUGGAAAGGAACUUUUGUUUGCCCUUGGUUUCUUUUUCUUUCCUGCUGGUGGAAGCAUGUGCAGGAGACAUCCCAUCCGUACGUGACCAUUUCCAAAUACCGAACUCUUUCGUGAUUGCUUUCUGUAACCGUUGGUGUAGUGCAUCGAGGACAAAGGGUGGUGCAAAAAAAGAA